AUGUCGCCUUCCCCCACCCCUUGCGGAGCAACACUGAAUCAGAUACCGACUGUCAAGACGUACGACGCGUUCUGCAGGGUCGGGACACCCCAUGUCUCUGAGCAGGACCUGGUCCAGAACGUGGGUGGCGGCGUCUUGGAAUCCAAGAGCGAUGCCGCGUCCGAGUGUGCCAGCGCGGACGCCAAGUUCUUCGAUGCGAGGGAACGUCAGUCCAAGGAAACGGGGCUCUGA